AUUAAGAAAUUGAAAAAGAUGAUUCUUCUGUUUUCCUUCUUCCUAUUGCUUAUUAAGACUUUGUGUGUAUUUUCUUGGCUUGCUGGGAAAUGUGUCGUGUUCAAUGAUGUGGAAGAAUUGAACCCUCCUACAUACUGUGAAGGAAAAACAAACACUGCCUUCUGCAGUGGUGUCACUGAUAUUAAAGAGGACCUCCGCGGACUUCCAUCAAAUUUACUGAACCUCUGCAUUCAGAUGGAUCAUGAUAAGAAGUAUAUUGGUGUCUUGGCUCCAGGCUCAUUUUCACGCUUCUCUUCUCUGGAAUACCUUGAAAUCUAUGGAUGUUUUACCAAGAUCUCUUUUGAAGGUUUAACCGGAUUUUUAAAUUUAACUUCAUUAAAUUUGUCUGUCUUUGCAGAAAGCUGUUGUGAUGCAGCUGUUGAUUUCAGUGGCCUUCCUUCACUGAAAAGUUUGCGUCUUUCAAAAUAUAGUUUGUCAUUAAUGGCACCAAAUGUUUUUGAUACAAUUCCUCAGUUAGAGAGAUUGAACAUGAAUAAUAUGUGUUUGAAAGAUUUAUCUGAGGUUUUGUGUCGUCUGAAUCAUUUAAAAUCGCUAAGUGUGUUUUUCCUCAUUGAUGAAUAUUUAAAGAGUCUUCAGUUUCCAAACUGCUCCAUUUACAACUCCUCUAACAGUAACAUAUCUACUGUAUACAAUAUUGAAGAGGUACAUUUGCGUUUGGCAUCAGUAGAGCACAUAGAUGAAGGGGCUUUAAACGUUUUUGGAAGCUUAUAUGAACUGACAUGGUUUAAUGAUUUUACAUCAGACAUCCUCAGAGAUCUUUCUAUGAUUGGAGUAAAUAAAAUCUAUUGGUUGAAUUUCUAUGUGGAUGUACUGAACAUUGAUGAGUUGUGUUACGCAGCAAAGUUAUAUUCUAUUAAAUCUGUAUCUGUUCAUUACCGGACUGUUAACUUGACAGCUAUGUCGACAAAUAUCUCUGAAGGCUGUAAGGAGAUUGUAGACAUUACUCUAAAACGAGAGACAAUAUCUAAAAUGGUAAACCCUUUAGAUGUAGAUUUGAUUUUUCAGAUUUUUAGCAACCUCUCAAUAUUUAGUGCAAUUCAAAAUGUGUUCAGAUCAAAUGAUUUUAAAUCUCUUUGUUUGUCCAAUCCACAGUUAGUCAAACAGCUGUCUAUUAUGAUGCUAAACUCAAAUGACAUAGGUAAGAUAAUUUUUCAGCAGUUUAUGUGUUUCAUAAAUCUUGAAAGUUUUGAAUUAAUUAAAUGCAAUAUUUCCAGCAUAGAAGAUUUUGCUUUUAUUGGAUUAGACAAUCUGAAAGAUUUAAAUCUCUUUGGCAACAAGUUAUCGUACAUUUAUCAAGACACAUUCAGUGGUCUAUAUGAACUGAUGGUCCUAAAUCUUCAAGAAAACCCAAUAAUUCAAAUUCAGUCAAAUUCAUUUGGACAUCUUAUUAACCUUUACACACUUCUUCUGGGAGAUCUAAAUUUAACACCAAACAUUUCAAAGGUCACACUGCCUUUUUCUGAUAUAUUUGGACGCAUCCCGUAUAAUCUGAGUAAUGUGUUUAUUAGUUCAGGCUUAAGACCAAUGCAGUUGAUUAUUGGAAAUGCUACACUGAAUCAGAGUCUUGAUCUCCGAAUCAAAGGUCAAUAUGUGACAGUGGAGGAUUGUGACAGUCCACUCUUGACAUCUGUAGUCAAACUUCAAAUAAAUGCAGAAUAUAUCAUCUGUGGAAAGGAGUUUAUUGGGAAAUAUGUUAAAUCAGUUGUUAAUCUGGAGUUCAUAUCAUGGUUUUCAGACAACAUCGGUGACUUAUCAGUAAUAAAUCAGCUUGUUCAUUUAAAAACCUUAAAGCUGGAAAACAUUGAUUUGUCAAAACAGCCAAAUGUGCCAAUAAUGUUUCACAAUUUGACCAAAUUACAAACCCUGAUGUUGAUAAACUGCAAAGUUUUCUUUUUGGAUGGAAGUCUGACAAAGGACCUAAAGGCACUGACCGGUUUAGUGUUUAUGCCACAAAAUGAGGUGAUAAUUCUUCAAAGCUUUGUUGAACAUCUCACUAGUUUAAAGUUGCUCUAUCUCGCUGGGUUGGGAUUGCAAUGCAGUUGUGAUGACGCCUGGCUGAUCUCAUGGGUGAAGGGCAACAGGCAGGUACAGGUUGUUAUGAAAAUGCCCAUCAUGGAGGAACUGCAGUGUUCAACUGAUAAUGGAGUUGACCAUCUGAACUUUGUUCAUUACACCGAGGAGAACUGUUCAUUUGAUAUUGAAUUCGUGCUCUUUAUCUCAACUUCAGUUUUUUUAUAUUUGUUUAUUUUUGUAGUGUUGUCAUAUCAGCUUGCAGGACAAUACAUAAUGCCGUUCUAUUACAUUGCCAUUGGAUGGUUCAGAGAGGCUUUGCGUAUGGAUGCCAAGCGCCAGUACCGCUACGAUGUUUUUGUUUCCUACAGCAGUAAGGAUGAGCGCUGGGUCAUGGAAAAACUUCUUCCUAACUUAGAGCAGCGUGGACCUCCAUUCUUGCGUCUCUGUUUGCACGGUCGUGACUUUCAGUUGGGUCAAGACAUUGUGGAAAACAUCACAGACAGCAUUUAUGCAAGCCGCCGAACUCUUUGCCUUGUCAGUCGUAACUACCUCCGCAGCACCUGGUGUUCUUUGGAGAUGCGGUUGGGCACCUACCGACUCCAGGUAGAACAGAGGGACAUUCUUAUCCUGGUCUUCUUAGAAAAAAUCCCAUCUCGCUUGCUAUCCUACCAUCACAGGUUGGCCAGGCUGGUCAAAACUAGAACCUAUCUGGACUGGCCAAUGGACCCUGAGAUGCAUGAGGAAUUCUGGGACAGGUUGUGGUGCAAACUAAGCUCUGAUUAA